AUGGCGAAAAUUUCACCCCCUAUCGCGCCAUGGCGUUCCGUAUUCCUCACCCACAUUGGCUGCAUGGAUUCGCCUCUUCUAAGUCUCAGUACUGUUCACCUCAUCGAAACAUUGGGUGAACCUCGUGUAGUUCCAAGAUGUCGAACGGUUGUCUUCCGCGGCAUGUGGGCAGGCAUGUCUGUCCACCCCAACAAUACAGCGGAACUCAACCCGUGCUUAUAUGAAAGCGACUUGCUCACAAUCACCAUCGACACGCGUAUGGAGAAAACCCCAGACUUUUUCCGCAGCACCGCUAAUGAUAAGCCACAUUCUGGAGGUGGUGGCUUGGUCGAAGCGGUAUUUUGGGCUCCUGAGGCCAGAACUCAAUGGCGAAUCCGGGGGCGGGCGUACAUGAUAGGACCAAAUAUCGACUCCAACGUUGCGUCACCUAUCCGUAAUAUUAUCGGAAGGUACAUGCGCCGCACUGGUGAAGGGGACUGGAGCUGGAGUCGUGAGUUGACAGCUCACUUUGGCAACCUCAGUCCAGGGAUGCGAGGAUCUUUUCGGAACCCACCGCCCGGCACACCGCGAAGCAGGGAUCCGGGUGCUGGUUUAGGGUUGGGUCAAAAGGUUGAUGACCUUCAAGAUGAAUUUGCGAGAAGGUAUUUUCGUGUCGUUAUUAUCGUGCCUGAAGAGGUUGACCAGUUGGAUCUCAAGGACCCGAGUGAGGCGCGGCGAUGGAAUUACAAGUUUGAUGGGUCUAUAAGUGAGGCAGCUUCAUGGAAGACCACCGAGCUAUGGCCAUAA